GGAACAGCAAGCAGCCAAGCAAAUCAACAACACCAAUAGCAACCACAACAACAAAUACAAUGCUUUUCCGAUUUGUUUUAUUAGCUGCUUGCAUUUCAUAUGCAUUCCCAGCACCUGCAUUACUGGAUGGAGUAACAGACUUAGUAGAUGAUCUCCUAGAUGGUCUGUUAGAUCUCAGUCUAGGUUCAGGAUCAUCCGGAUCAUCUGGAUCAUCUGAACCUUCAAGUUCAAGUGAAUCAGGAUCGUGCCCUUUACCAACCAAAACACCUAAACCAUGCACUGGAUCCACUACAACUAAACCAACUUGUGGAACAACAACAACUAAGCCACCAACUACUACUACUCCUCCAUGCACUACAACUACCAAGCCUCCAACUACUACAACAACCUGUCCUACAACAACCACAACAACUAAGCCUCCUACUACCACAACAACUUGCCCAACAACAACUACAACAACUAAGCCUCCUACAACAACUACUACUUGCCCUCCAACUACCACAACAACAACUUGCCCAACAACCACUACCACUACUAAGCCUCCAACUACAACAACAACAUGCCCAACAACAACCACAACAACAAAGCCUCCCACAACCACACCCACAUGCCCUCCAACCACCACUCCAACUAUACCUCCUACUACAACGCCUACUUGCCCUACAACAACCAAGCCAACUGUGAUAACAACUGUCCCAACACUCCCACCAACUGAGUGUCCUACCACUAAACCGCCAACUCUUCCACCGACAGAAUGCCCUACAACGAAACCUACAAAACCUACAUUGCCCUUUUGGACGGCGCCAACCACAAUACUGGGUUUUCCAAUUGAUAAUCAUCACGGGGAUCCAUGGUGGCACCCACCUACAACAACCAACCCCAAACCUACCUCAAGUUGUGAUCACACCACAACGAAGCCCACUACUACUACCAAACCACCAACUACACCUUGUGGGACGACUACCAAGAAGCCCACGACUGGUGUCACAACAACAAAACCAACUGUAACAACCACAACUACUAAAAAGCCUACUACAACACCUCACUGUGGAACUACAACAAAACCAACUACCACCACACAUCCAACAACUACCAAACCAACAGUAACAACCACAACUACGAAAAAACCUACCACAACAACGCCUUGUGGAACUACUACCAAACCAACUGUAACAACCACUACUACCAAGAAACCAACUACAACAACUCCCUGUGGAACUACAACUAAACCUACUGUUACUACCACGCAUCCAACAACUACCAAACCAACCGUAACAACAACAACUACGAAAAAACCAACCACUACAACGCCUUGUGGAACUACUACCAAACCUACCAUAACAACAACUACUACAAAAAAACCAACCACUACAACGCCUUGUGGAACUACAACUAAACCUACAACAAAGCCUACCACAACUACAAAACCAACAGUUACCACAACCACUACUAAAAAACCAACUACAACAACCCCCUGUGGAACUACUACUACUACUAAACCCACUACCACAAAGCCAACGGUAACCACUACAACAACAAAGCCAACUACAACCACAAAACCAACAGUUACCACAACCACUACUAAAAAACCAACUACAACAACCCCCUGUGGAACUACUACUACUAAACCCACUACCACAAAGCCAACGGUAACUACUACAACAACAAAACCUACCACAACUACAAAACCAACUGUAACAACAACAACUACAAAAAAACCUACAACAACUACGCCUUGUGGAACUACUACUAAACCAACGGUUACCACAACAACAACAAAGCCUACUACAACUACAAAACCAACUAUAACAACAACAACCACAAAGAAACCAACUACAACCACACCUUGUGGAACUACAACUAAACCCACAACCACAAAACCGACGGUAACCACCACAACAACAAAACCUACCACAACUACAAAACCAACUGUAACCACUACAACUACUAAAAAACCAACUACGACAACUCCCUGCGGAACUACCACUACAACUAAACCCACAACCACAAAACCAACGGUAACCACUACAACAACAAAACCAACCACAACUACAAAACCAACAGUUACAACAACCACAACAAAGAAGCCUACCACCACCACUCCUUGUGGAACCACCACAACAACAAAGCCUACCACAACUACAAAACCAACAACGACAACAACAACCACAAAGAAGCCAACCACAACUCCUUCCUGUGGGACUACUACUACAACUAAACCCACAACCACUACAACAACAACAAAGCCCACUACAACUACAAAACCAACUGUAACAACUACAACUACUAAAAAACCUACUACAACAACCCCAUGUGGAACUACUACUACUACAACUAAACCAACAGUAACCACUACAACAACGAAACCAACUACAACCACAAAACCAACAGUAACAACAACUACCACAAAAAAACCUACCACAACUCCUUCGUGCGGAACUACUACUACCACUAAACCCACAACCACUACGACAACAACAAAGCCUACCACAACUACAAAACCAACAAUCACAACUACCACUACUAAAAAACCAACUACAACAACCCCAUGUGGAACUACCACUACAACUAAACCCACAACUACCACCAUAACAACAAAGCCUACUACAACUACAAAACCAACUGUUACCACCACCACCACAAAAAAACCAACCACAACUCCCUCAUGUGGAACUACCACUACAACUAAACCCACAACCACUACAACAACAACCAAACCUACCACAACUACAAAACCAACUGUUACAACAACCACCACACAAAAACCAACCACAACUCCCUCAUGUGCAACUACUACUACUACUAAACCAACAACAACAACCACAAAACCAACUGUUACAACUACCACUACCCAAAAGCCUACCACAACAACCCCCUGCGGAACAACAACCAAACCAACUGUAACUACAACAAAACCCAUCACUACAACUCGCCCAACUUCUCCAUGUGGAUGCACCACCACAACCAGAAAACCAAACCACGAUUCAGAUUCUUCGUGUGACAACCACUCCUACAGUAACCCCUUCGACUCGUGGCCAUUCAAACCAGGCAAACCAGGUAAACCAGGUAAACCAGGCAAACCAGAUAGCUCAUGCGAGGGUGGACACCAUGGUUCCAAUUCGGAUGAUAACUCUUCGGAUAACAACAACAACAACAACAACAACAACAACAACCAGGGACACAAUAAACCCAACAACUCAUGCGAUUGUGGUCAUUGUGGCAACAAUGAUUCAAGUUCCGACGAUAGUGCUUUGAUCCAUGUCGGCCACCUUCUCGGCAAUACUCAUGUUCUCAACAACGUGAACAUUUUAGGUAACAACAAGAAGGGUGGAUGCAAGUAAUAAAUUUAAAACAUCGUACCUACCUAUUUGUUAUUAAAUGAAACUGUAUAAAUCAUAAUAUUUUAAUUUGUGCAGACCUGAAAUUCAGGGUAUGCAUAUAAUAAAUAACACCAAAUAAUAAUAA